GUCAAAUCUUUCUUCACACAGCCCUCCAUACCGCCAUCAUGCCCGUCGUCAAGGGCGGCGUUUGGACGAACAUUGAGGAUGAAAUCCUCAAGGCGUCAGUGUCCAAAUAUGGUCUGAACCAGUGGGCGCGGGUCUCAUCGUUGCUUGCUCGCAAAACUCCCAAACAGUGCAAAGCCCGAUGGAACGAAUGGCUAGACCCAGGCAUCCGCAAAAUUGAAUGGUCAAAGGAGGAGGAUGAGAAGCUCUUACAUCUUGCGAAACUUAUGCCCACGCAAUGGCGCACCAUCGCUCCCAUCGUCGGUCGAACCGCAACCCAAUGUCUCGAACGAUAUCAAAAACUUCUCGAUGAAGCCGAGGCGAGGGAAAACGAUGAGCUCGGCCUUGGUGGCCCAGAAGGAGGCGAGACCUCAGCCCCUACAGGAGACCUGGUGAGGCGACUGCGUCCCGGCGAACUGGACCCUGAUCCAGAGUCUAAACCUGCCAAACCCGACACGAUUGACAUGGAUGAAGAUGAGAAGGAAAUGUUGAGCGAAGCCCGCGCUCGUCUAGCAAACACACAAGGAAAAAAGGCAAAGCGGAAAGCUCGUGAACGGCAGCUGGAGGAGUCCCGGCGGCUGGCUGUAUUACAGAAGCGAAGAGAACUCAAGAAUGCAGGCAUCAAUAUCAAGAUUUCGACGCGGAAGACCGGAGAGAUGGACUACAAUGCGGACAUCCCAUUCGAAAAGCAAGCAGCGGCUGGAUUCUAUGAUACUCUAGAAGAGGAAGCCAAGAAUGAGCGAGAGCGGGAGAUGUUCGAUCCUCGAAAACAACAGCUUGCCAGGAAGAGACAAGGGGAUUCAGAGGAUAGCCUUGACGCCAAGAGACAGAAGCAAGACAAGAACAAGCCCUCAGCAGCCAUGAACGCGGCCGCAAAGGCUGGCCAGAUGCAGCGCAUUCGUGAGGCUGAGCAGCAAAGCAAACGAAGAGCAUUAAACCUUCCUGCACCUCAAGUCAGCGAGGCAGAGUUGGAAGAAAUUGUCAAGAUGGGCAUGUCAGGAGAUCGGGCGAUUAAGGCUGCUGGUGAAGACGACGAAGAUGGUCGAGGCUUCAUUCCCAAUUAUUCCAACACAGUUGGCGCAACUCCUAUUCGCACCCCACGGGCGCCUCCACAAGAGGAUCACAUUGCCAACGAGAUCAGAAACAUUAGAGCGCUGACGGAAACACAAUCGUCUCUACUGGGUGGAGAAAACACACCCUUGCACGAAGGUCCUGCGUCAACUGGCUUUGAGGGCAUUGCCCCAAGAAGACAUGACAUGGUCACCCCUAAUCCGAUGGCUACUCCUUUCCGACAAGCUGGAGCUGGUGGUCCAAGUGCGACACCGCUCAGGACGCCUCGAGAUAAUCUCGUUUUGAACGAAAAGGGCGAGCGGCAGUUGGUUGCACAAACCCCACGAGAUGUUCGCCUAGCAGAAAAUGCCACCCGUCAGGCCCUUCGAGCAAAGCUAGCCUCGUUACCCAGACCCAAAGAGAAUGAAUGGGAACUGGAAGUGUUACCAUCGGAGCAGGAAGAAGCCACAGCACAAGCACAACACGAGAGGGAAGACCAGGAGGAGAUUGAUCGACGCAAGCAGGCUGCAGCAGAGGCUGCCGCGGCGGCCGAUUUCCAACGACAGACUCAGGUGUACAAGCGGUCGCUGCCCCGUCCCGUGAUCGUCGACUACAACCGAUUGGCAGCUGAAGCCAUUUCGAUCACGGACCCAAUCCAGGCCUUGAUCGCACAAGAGGCAAUACUGCUCAUGGCCAACGACGCCCGUAAAUUCCCCUUACCAGGAUCUCGUGUCACUGGCAAAGCAGGGGAAGUGGAAAAAUUAUCGGAUGAGUUGCUAGCACAAGCACGUGCAGAACUUGCCGCUGAAUCCAAAGAAGAAGAGCGUAUGGCGUACGUCGACGCGGUACAAGCCCUACACAGCGCGGAAAACGAGGUCGGUGCUCUUCCCUCUCGAAUCGAGAUGAUGACUGGACGAGACGAGCUGGCUCGAACAUGCAAAUCGGUUCAGGAAAAUCUAGUCACCUCAGCCGAGAAAGGCAACGCGUUGGAGAAGAAACUCGCACUCCAUCAUGCCGGAUAUCUGUCACGACAGCGCACACUCAAGAACAAGGCAUUAUCGGUGUAUGAGCAGAUUGCGGAACAGCGGGCUGAGCUGGAAGGGUUCAGGUCACUGCAGGUGGGCGAGGAAGGUGGUCUGUUGAUGCGGCUGGAACAACUACGCGAUGAAGUCGGGUUCGUCAGCCGAAGAGAAAGAGAGGCUCAAGACGACUACAGGACCUUCAGGGAUGAGUUGCAGGCGCUGGGUGCUGGUGCCAUCAAUGGACAUGCUUGAAGUCCGAGCGAGGUGUUGAUUACUCGGCCUCCAGUCCGGAAGCCCUGUUGGGUCAUGUUGGGGUCAUUGACCUGAUUUGAUCAGCGCGAGCUCGUUGGGGGGAAGAGAGAAGCUAGCGUAUCUCUUGG